AUGCACUGCAUAUAUGGCAGGUCCUGGUUUUGGCAAGUCACUAGUGGGGAGUCUACCUAUUGUGUGAACCUUGAUAAGUGGACCUGUGACUGCAAGAAAUGGGACCUAUGUGGUUGGCCAUGUAACCAUGCAGUUUCUGCCAUUACAAGAGUGAAGGGGCAGCCAGAAGACUAUGUGCAUGAGUUCUUCAAAAAACCAUUGUAUAAGGAAACAUACAAGCACAUCAUCUACCCUGUACCAGGGCCUGACUGUUGGCCUAGGACACCAACUGCUGACAUAGAUCCACCAGUGUUCAAAGAGAAGAAGGGCAGAAAGCAAACAGCUAGGAGGAAGGGGCAAUUUGAGGUCCCAACAAAGAAGGAUACAUCAAGGAUGGCAACUAUCACCUGUAGCAACUGCAAGAUGCAGAAACAUAGGUACACCUACUGCCCUCAGCCCCUGAAGCCUCAUCUGCAGGCAAGAAAGGACAAGCACAAGACAACCAGAACUCACUACCAUGGAGCUGGGGGAAGUUCUACUGCUACUGCACAGCCUGCAACCAGUGCACCACCUGUUGCAACUACUAGGGGGAAGAAAAUCAACUGCUGCUUCUACUGGUCCUGCCCAGCCUGCUGCUUCUACAAGGCCAAGAAAAACAACUGCUGCUUCUACAAGGGCAAGCAUCAGCAGUGA